GGGGCGCUGGAUAAGACAGCUCUUGCAGAUGACGUGGGAAGCGAGGAGGAUCUGUAUGAGGACUUUCGGAGUUCCAAUCACCGCUAUGGCCAUCCUGGAGGAGGAGGAGAACAACUUGCCAUCAAUGAGCUCAUCAGCGAUGGCAGCGUGGUGUACGCAGAAGCCCUCUGGGAUCAUGUCACCAUGGAUGACCAAGAGCUGGGAUUCAAGGCUGGCGAUGUCAUCGAAGUGAUGGAUGCUACCAACAAGGAGUGGUGGUGGGGGAGGAUCCUGGACAGCGAAGGCUGGUUUCCAGCCAGCUUUGUACGGCUCCGAGUGAACCAAGAUGAACCCAUGGAAGACUAUCCUAUGAAGGCAGAGGACGGCAAAGAGGAGGAUGCCAGCACCGCCGCCCGGCGUUAUGGAGUGGGGCAGACAAGCAAGGACCAAAUGAGGACCAAUGUUAUCAACGAGAUCAUAAGCACAGAGAGAGACUACAUCAAACACCUGAAGGACAUCUGUGAGGGUUACAUUAAGCAGUGCCGCAAGAGGGCUGACAUGUUUACAGAAGAACAGCUGAAGACAAUCUUUGGGAACAUCGAAGACAUUUACAAAUGCCAGAAAAAAUUUGUAAAAGCGCUGGAGAAGAAAUUCAACAAAGACCAUCCACACUUGAGUGAGGUCGGCUCCUGCUUCCUGGAAUAUCAAACAGAGUUCCAGAUUUACUCCGAGUACUGCAACAACCACCCCAACGCCUGCGUGGAGCUGUCCCGACUCACCAAAGUCAACAAGUAUGUCUACUUCUUCGAAGCGUGCCGCCUGCUUCAGAAGAUGAUCGACAUCUCUCUGGAUGGGUUUCUGCUGACUCCAGUGCAGAAAAUCUGCAAGUAUCCACUGCAGCUGGCUGAACUACUCAAAUAUACCAACCCCCAGCACAGGGAUUUUAAAGAUGUUGAAGCUGCCUUAAAUGCCAUGAAGAACGUUGCUCGACUGAUCAAUGAGAGAAAGAGGAGGCUGGAGAACAUAGACAAAAUUGCCCAGUGGCAGAGUUCCAUAGAGGACUGGGAGGGUGAAGACGUCCUAGUCAGAAGCUCAGAACUCAUCUAUUCUGGGGAAUUAACCAAAAUCUCCCAGCCUCAAGCGAAGAGCCAACAGAGAAUGUUCUUCCUCUUUGAUCACCAGCUGGUCUGCUGUAAGAAGGAUCUCCUGCGCCGGGACAUCCUCUAUUAUAAGAGUCGGAUCAACAUGGAUGACAUGGAAAUAGUGGACGUGGAGGAUGGGAAGGAUAAGGACUUCAAUAUCAGUGUUAAAAAUGCAUUCAAGCUGCUCUGCAGGGACCCUGAGGAAGUCCACUUAUUCUGUGCAAAAAAGCCUGAACAGAAACAGCGCUGGCUCAAGGCAUUCGAGAAUGAAAGGAAACAGGUUCAGCUUGACCAGGAAACUGGUUUUUCAAUCACAGAGGUGCAGAAGAAGCAGGCGAUGCUGAAUGCCAACAAACAGCACCACACCGGAAAGCCUAAGGGUGAGUGUGCUGUCACCAGGCCCUACUAUGACUUUCUGAUGCGUCAGAAGCACCCUUCUCUGCCUACCAACCUCCCCCAGCAGCAAGUCUUCAUGCUGGCAGAGCCCAAGCGCAAGCCCUCGAACUUCUGGCAGAACAUCAGCAGGCUGACACCCUUUCGGAAGUGA